CCUCCUUGAAAGAAUCAUUAUCGGCAGCUCUUAUAGAACGGGCCUGGCGGUUGCCUCCACCAGGUUGUGAUAUUGAUUGACACUUAUUACCUAUAUUGCUGCGCCGUCCCUAUAUCACUCCGCCCGAGGACUGUCGUUUACCUACAAUCUGGGUAACCAGUAUCAAAAUCAAAGAGGCAGUUCACAAUAUUCAAGACACUAUAAAAACAUGGCUGGGGUGCCAAAGAUAGAGUUAUAUUCACCGCAGGAAUCUCUACCUCAAUGCUACGCACCGGUGUCGCCAUGUACAAUCAGAGCACCAAUUGAUCGGCCCAUCUCCAUCUUGUCCCCUGACCGUGAGCAAACGAUCAAGACAUCCAAGUCCGACAACGGAAUGCGGAAGAAUUUCUGGUCGAAGCUUAGGAGGAACAAAAGCGAAACUCUCCGUCCUUCUGACAUCCUCACUGCCUGCUCCAAAGAGGAUUCUCGACAGGCUAGGUCAGGCGGAAGGCUCGUCUGGUCAAACGAGCGCCAUAUUUGGAUGUUCCCGGACCACGACACCCGCAGCGUGCAGCACUCUCCUCAAACACAGUGGUGGUUGAAUGAUCGUCGACCUAGCUCUACCAUCGGAACAACCAGAACCUCGAAUGCGAGUGACGAACUCCUCUUCGCACAAUUACCGGGCCAUUACACCCUCAGCCCAUACGACUCCGCCAACAACAACAAUAUUCUUCCAACCUAUACACCUGGCAGAAACUUCGAUGAUGUCGCUACCCGAACGGGAACUGAAAGCCAGUGGACCCUCGUGGCGAAGAGAGUUAGUGGAUCGAAUUCGGUGCGCUAAGUGCCAUCAAAAAGAUAU